GUCCUAUACGCCGGAUCCGCUGGUGCCCUGGCCUGUGCAGCAAACACCGCGGGCGCAGAUUUGCGUUCUGCCGCAAAUGGUCAAUAGGCCGUGCUCCCCGUUUGCUGUGGCGUUGCCCACCGGCCCCAGCCCACGCUGCGCCAGUUCUCCACCCACACAGGUACAGCCAAGUGCGUCAAGCGUGUCUCCUCGAAGAGGUUUGUACGCAGUGGCACAUUGCGACCCGUCUCUCUCGUCUGCUUCGCAUCCUUCGCCGCCUCCGCCUCCGCCAACUGCUCGAUUCGAGCCUUUUGAGCCUGAACCACACAAGGAAGACUCAGAACUGCCGAAGUGCGCAGCGGGCAUUGAGUUGUCCGUCGGCGGCACGCGCUAUCGCUGCCGGUCUGUUCUGGGGCGUGGGUCCUUCAGCGAGGUUUGGUCCGGAGAGGUAGUAAGUGCCACUGCGGACCAUGGGGGGGCGGUGGCGCUGAAAGACAUAUUCUGCAAGACGAAGGCAGAUUUGGAGCAGGCCCUUUUCGAGGUGAGCUUGCUCGAGCGCUUCAAGGAGGCGGCCAGCGACGGACGAGAGGCCCCGAUGCGCAUUCCGCGCUACUUCGGCCACAAGGUGGAUCAGAAGGAGGACGGCUGGCGAGUUUGCCUGGCCAUGGCCCGGCUCCCUGGCGAGUGCUUGGACGCCUGGCUGCGGCGUGCGCCGCCGCCGAACCAGGACGGCCCCAGUGCCGUGCGCCGUGGCUGCGCGCUCGCAAUGGCAUUGAUCAGGCAGCUGGGACCCACCCUUGAACGGCUCGCACCGCAUGCAUGGCACCGGGAUGUAAACUCGCACAACGUGCUCUUGAGCGAUGCCCUGGACGGCGGUCGCUUGAUGCCCUGCAGCGACGUUGAGGAGACAUCCAAGCGGGCUCGGUUCUGGCUCCUGGAUUUCGGCCUGGCCGUGGAUGCGGCGACCUGGCCGCAGCGCUGGCCACACUCCGAUGUGGCGGGCGACUGCCGUUACUGGGCGACCAGCUCCUUUGUCAUGAGUUUCUGUGGUCCCGAGGAGACAUCGGCCAAGAGGGAGCUCUGCUCGCAGUACAAAACCAAGCUGGACGUCGUGGGCCUCGGCCUCACCGCUUUGGAGCUGCUGUGCAGCUCGGCCCUAGCCAGCCGCGAAUCCUGGGGCCCGGCCAAGGGCUUGCGCGGCUCCUGGGAGCGGCUGCUGGAGACUUGGGAGAGGUACCGCGAGGACGUCACGCGAUGGCACGCCAUGAUCUUUCAGGUCUUUGCCAAAGGAGCGCUGCCCGUUGCCGCCAUGGGAGCCUCAAAGAGCACGCCGAGCGUCGACUCGGACCUGCGCGCCCUCAAGGCGCAUGCAGCAAGCGCUCGGGAGCGUCAGGAGGCCUUCGAGCGGCUGCGUCGACAAUUUCUGACGCCCAUCGGAGCAGCAGAGUUGCUCAAGGCCAAGGCCGACAUCGAAGCCUUGCGCUUCCCGAUGUGGCAGGAGCCACCUCUAGAUGCCACGCGCCUCAGCCGAGAGGUGCUGGCAGACCGAGUGCGAGGGACUCUGUUCGGUGCAGCUCUGGGAGAUGCUGCCGGGCUGGCAACGGAGUUUCUGUCUGCAGCGGAAUCAAAAGAGUUCUAUGGAGAACACGCAGACUUUCGCCCUGGACGGGCUGUGUUCCCAGAUGAACACCGAAUGAUGUGGUGUGCAGGGGAUUGGACCGACGACACCGACCAGCAGGUGCUGAUGAUGCAGUCGCUCUUGCAUUCUGGUGGCCAUGCGGAUCCCUGCGACUUUGCCAUGCGCCUGUUGUCCUGGCGGACCUCGGGCUUUCCAGAGCUAGGAGAUCAAUCGGCUGCAGGUCUGGGACAAACCACGAAGGCGGUUCUGAAUGACCCCAGCUUUGCUGCAUCCCCGCACACUGCGGCGGCAGCGCACUCUGCAGGCAUUCCUUCUAACGGAGGCGUCAUGAGGACCGCAGUUGCGGGCAUCCCACAUUUCUGGUGUGAAGACACCGUGGCGGCAGCCGCAGAGACGCUUUGCCUCACAACUCAUGCAGAACCGAGAUGUGUGGCCAGCUGCGUUGCAGUUGCUCUCUGUGUGAGUCGACUUCUGCGCGGAGAGGACUCCUCGGACAUCGUAGAGUCGGUAGUGCAACCGGCGCUGGAAAAAGCACAGGGCAGCCUUGGCGACAUGGAGAGGCAGGAACUGCGGCGGCAUGCGGAGGCCAAAGAGUUGAAAGAUCUGGCCUUGGACGAUCGGAAGACAAUCGGCUUCACGUUCAAAUGUCUUGGUGCUGGUCUAUGGGCCUUGAAGCAGUCCGUGGGUGCCCAGGGCACUUCAGGCACUUCAGGCCAGCUUUUUCGCAAAGUCCUGAACGAGUUGGUCUUGGCCGGUGGAGAUGCAGACACCAAUGGAGCCGUCGCUGGUGCGCUCCUUGGGUGUCGCCUGGGUUUCAGCCAACUUCCCGCGGAGUGGAUUGCCGGCAUGCCUUACAGUUCAUGGCUCGAGGCAUAUGUGCAGAAAGUCUUGUUCAUGCUCCGCCGAGAUGUGAGAAGCUCCGGCCAGUAG